AUGCAGCCUCUGCUGCCCGGUUCAAAACUCUCUGAAGCUGAAUUCCGAUCAGCCACAGGCAAGCUCAAGGAGGAGGGCCCAGGAAUCCAGGGCCCCCACGCCCUAGAGCCCGAGGAGCAAGGGGAGCGCUGCGGGCCAGGAGGCUCCCCACACGGCGGGGGGGGGGUUGGUCUGGGAGAUACUGGGUCUGACCUGUGUGUGUCCUCCCCAGGGGCGCCCACCCGCGAUGUCCUGCUGGUCUCUGCCAUUAUCACCGUCAGCCUUAGCAUCACUCUCGUCCUCUGCGGCCUCUGCCACUGGUGUCAGCGCAAACUGGGCAAACGCUACAAGAACUCCCUGGAGACUGUGGGCACGCCAGACUCAGGGCGUGGGCGCAACGAGAAGAAGACCAUCAACGAUCUAGACAGAGACUUUUGGAAUAACAAUGAGAGCACAGUGCAGCAGAAAUGGAGUUCCUAUCCUCCCAAGGAGUUUAUUCUAAACAUUUCACCCUACGCCCCUUAUGGCGACCCACGACUGUCCCUCAAUGGUACCCUCCUGUCGGGCGCCAAGGUGGCCGCCGCGGCGGGGCUGGCGGUGGGGCGGGAAGGCCGGCCGGGGGAGAAGCCAGCGCUGGUGCUGCCACCCAGAGAGGACACCUCGAGAAGCGGCGGGGCUGCCCCCAGCGAGCCGGGCAGCGGUGGCAAGGCGGGGAGAGGCCGCUGGCGGACGGUGCAGAGCCACCUGGCCGCAGGGAAGCUCAACUUGUCCAAUUUCGAGGACUCCACCCUGUCCACGGCCACUACCCUUGAGUCUAUCCCCAGCUCCACGGGAGAGCCGAGAUGCCAGCGACCCCGCACCCUGAUGCGGCAGCAGAGCCUGCAGCAGCCGCUGAGCCAGCAGCAGCGGGGCCGGCAGCCCAGCCAGCCCACCACCAGCCAGAGCCUGGGCCAGCUGCAGGCCCACGCGGCCUCGGCGCCGGGCCCCAACCCCCGGGCCCACGGCCGGGGCCAGGUUCGGCAGGGCGCCUCGGCCAGCUCCAAGUACCGGGCGGCCGGCGGCCGCAGCCGCUCCAACCCGGGCAGCUGGGACCACGUGGUGGGGCAGAUUCGAAACCGAGGCCUGGACAUGAAAUCCUUCCUGGAAGGCAGGAUGGUGGUGCUAUCCUUGGUCUUAGGGCUUUCGGAACAGGAUGACUUUGCCAAUAUCCCUGACCUGCAAAACCCAGGAACCCAGCAGAACCAGAACGCUCAGGGGGACAAGAGGUUGCCUGCAGGAGGGAAGGCAGUGAACACAGCCCCAGUGCCGGGCCAGACACCCCAUGAUGAGUCUGACCGCCGGACUGAGCCGCGCUCCUCCGUCUCGGACCUCGUCAACUCCCUCACCAGUGAGAUGCUCAUGCUCUCCCCAGGCUCCGAAGAGGACGAGGCCCACGAGGGCUGCAGCCGGGAGAACCUGGGCCGGAUCCAGUUCAGUGUCGGCUACAACUUCCAGGAGUCCACGCUCACCGUGAAGAUCAUGAAGGCCCAGGAGCUGCCCGCCAAGGACUUCAGCGGCACCAGCGACCCCUUCGUCAAGAUCUACCUGCUGCCAGACAAGAAGCACAAGCUGGAGACCAAGGUGAAGCGGAAGAACCUGAACCCCCACUGGAACGAGACCUUCCUCUUCGAAGGUUUCCCCUACGAGAAGGUGGUGCAGAGGAUCCUCUACCUCCAGGUCCUGGACUAUGACCGGUUCAGCCGCAAUGACCCCAUUGGGGAGGUGUCCAUCCCUCUCAACAAGGUGGACCUGACCCAGAUGCAGACCUUCUGGAAGGAUCUGAAGCCAUGCAGCGAUGGGAGUGGGAGCCGAGGGGAGCUGCUCUUGUCUCUCUGCUACAACCCCUCUGCCAACUCCAUCAUCGUGAACAUCAUCAAAGCCCGAAACCUCAAAGCCAUGGACAUCGGGGGCACAUCAGAUCCCUAUGUGAAGGUGUGGCUGAUGUACAAAGAUAAGCGGGUGGAGAAGAAGAAGACCGUGACGAUGAAGAGGAACCUGAACCCCAUCUUCAACGAGUCUUUUGCCUUUGAUAUCCCCACGGAGAAGCUGAGGGAGACGACCAUCAUUAUCACUGUCAUGGACAAGGACAAGCUUAGCCGCAACGAUGUUAUUGGCAAGAUCUACCUGUCCUGGAAGAGCGGGCCUGGGGAGGUGAAGCACUGGAAGGACAUGAUUGCCCGUCCCCGGCAGCCGGUGGCCCAGUGGCACCAGCUGAAGGCCUAAGUGUGGCCACGGGAGGCCCAGGGGGCUGAGGGCCCGGGUCCCCAUCAUGCCCUCACCACUUUAUGCACAAUGCCCGGCCUGGCCCCCCGCCAUAGGUGAGGGGAGGACCCUGAGGGCUUGGCCAAGGAGGGGUCCCAGGAGUCAGUUGGGCCCCGUUUCUAGGAAGUACCAGCCUCAUCCUCCACCGGUCCAGCUCUGGGGGAGGGGCUCUGGGAGCCAUUUUCCUGCUUUGCCCCUUUCCUUCCUGACUUGCUGAUACUAAAGAAGUGGGGGAGAGUGUGAAGUCCAGACAGGCAGACUGGCAGAUCCCUCCAGAGACCCGCCAGGUGGGCACA